UUAAAUUUUAGGCGAUCAUGGUUGUUCUGCGUUUAUUGUACCAAUUUCUAAGGUGUUUUGAUGAAUAUUAUUUUUUUGUUUGGAGAAACUAACUCUUCACCAGCGUGAGAACUAAGUUUCGUCGAUACUGACGGUCUCGAUUGAAUGUUUUUUCGCGAGGGAAGAUGUGGAAGCUAUCAUGGACAACGAUUUCAUCGUUGUUUGUUGUUUGGACUUUCCCCAUAGUGAACUCUGAAGUGUACGCCGAGAACGACAUUCAGUGGACAACAGCCUGGGUGAAUAUUACAUAUAAAGACCCACAUACAGGUCAGGUUGUGUCAGAGAAACACGAAUCUGGUCGUUAUGGCUCGCAGUUAAUUCAGAAUGCAAAAGGAUGGGUUGUCCCCACGAAACCCAAAUAUGGAUGUGCGCCAUUACAGAACGAUUUCACAAAAGUCUCCCAGCCAUGGAUUGCGCUAAUCAGUCGAGGAAACUGUACAUUUACCGAUAAAUUUACAAAUGCUAUCGCUCACAAUGCGUCAGCGGUUGUGAUUUAUAAUAGCGGUGAUGAGCUCCUGACGAUGUCGUACCAAGGAUUUCAAGAAUCGCGGGCGAAACGAAAGCAAUGUGGCUGUUUGUCCAAGCGACGCGGACCCGCUGUGCUUGAAAUACCAAAAAUUCGUUUCAGGGCCGAUUUCUUUAUCAGAUCAGUGGAUGCUGAAACAUAUAUUGAUGCUGAGUGUUGUGCAGUUUGUAUAGAUCCUUACAAGUCUGGAGAGGUAAUCAGAGUAUUACCUUGCAAACAUCUUUUUCAUAAAGCAUGUGUUGAUCAGUGGCUAGUUGAACACAGGACUUGCCCUAUGUGUAAAUUAAAUAUAUUAAAGGCACUAGGACAUGAUAAUCAAGACAGUCAAGAGAGCUUAGCAAUACAAGUAGAAGUUGUAACACCGGGAGGUUCUACUAAUGGGAAUGAAACUGAGGAAGAAAGUCUGGGAAAUGAUGACCAAGGCGUGGUGUUUGAACAGAAUAACACACAAUCAGAAGAACCAUGCCAAAAUGCUGAAGCCGCUACCACAGAAAAUUUAGUCUGUGUUUGGGUACCGGAAGAAGGAUUCAAUCAUAAAAUUUGCUCAACACCAAAUGCAGAUGGUGAUAAUAUAUAGGUGCUUGGCAUAUUUUGCUGUUAUGGUUAUUGGUUGUUACAAUGUAAACACAGUGGUCUUUAUCCUGUGAAUCAUCACAGUGCAGUUGACUGCUUGAUUUUCAUAAUAUUCACUGUAUAUACAACAUGAUAUUCAGUGUCCAUAUAGUGUACUGAUUUAAUAUAGAUGCCAAAAUAUAUAAUUUAUUAGAAUGAGAAUUUGAAAAGUGCAUCAUGCCAGAUAUGAAUUAUUAUCAACUAUCCCUGGUACAUACUGUAAAAUUUUGUUUAUUUCGUGAGAGACCAGUUUGUCGCCCUAGAGUCAUUAGUGAAUUGUAAUCAUAUUAUUUCUGAUAGCCUUGAAGAACACUUAUGGUAUUUGCUCUGUUAGAAGUACAUGUAAACCAUCAGUUGCAUUUAUUACAAACUGAAUAGAUGUACAACUGUCAUUAACAUAAAAUACGGCAUGUAUACAAAUUUAGGUAAAACCAGCAUUUCAUCUAGCAAGUGCUUUCCCUGGACGAUUGCACAGCAGUAGUGUAAAAUUUGAUUUUCAUUUCACACGCUAUGAAACUAGCUUGUGAACGAGUUUUGUGUCAUUUUGCUCAACUUAUUUGCCUUUUCUGGAAGCAAAAAUGGUUGCUGCAUACAGAAGGUUUCUUGGUCAUUAGUUUUGUCACCAGUAUGUAUUUGCUCAAAUUUGGUUAUUGAGUGAAAUAUUUUAUACAUAUGUGCAGUUCUGCUGUGCAACAGUGAUUUCCUCGGUUUCAGAUGACUGUUACCGUGAAUUAUUUUUUAUUAUAAUGAAUUCCUCACAUGUGUUUUUGAUGAGCAGUUUUGUUUACAGGAAUUAGAUGUUAUUCAAGUUUCGGGGAAAUACAGGUUUAAUAUUUUUUCAAUUGCUAUACCUUUUAAAUCAGCUGAAAAAUGGUUUUGGAGAUGCAAACAUGCUAGCGAAAAUGAAUAUCAUUUGAAUUACAAUAUUUCAUGCCAAGACUUUGAAGACGCUGAUGAAAAACAUUUACUUUUGAUAACUUAUUUUGAUGUGUGCAUUUAAACUGUGGUCAGCUGAUCAAAUAAAUAUACCUUUGCUGAAUAGACUGUGUGUGAUCUAGUACUGUAAAAAAAAUAUUAUUUUCACUUGCAAUUUUUUUUGCUAAAAGAAUAAAUCAGUGUAAAUAAAAUCAAGUGAAAAAGCCUUUUUUUUGUAUUCUAAAUUUAACUCAUCAGCAGCAAAAUUUAAUUCCACCUAGAAUAUAUUUUACUGUUUGUAAUGGCUGACUCUAUAAAAAGUAAACUGACAACUAAUAAAUUCAAAUGUAAU